UAAAACAAACUUUGUAUUUUAUCAUCAUCUCAAUCUUAAUAAUCUCAUUAAUAUAUCUUAAGUCAGUACAUAAUUAUUGGCAAGUGCCUCGUAUUUGAAUCAGGCAUUCAUUACGGUCGUAUUGUUUCGGUUUAAACAAAUUGAUGGCUUUUUAAUUAAUGUGCACUAGUAAAGUAAAUGUUCACCGAGUCUAGUGAAAAUUGAGAAAUUUCAAAACCAUGGGUCACUCUAGAAGCAGAAGUAAAUCGCCUAAAAGAAGACACAAAAGUAAGCAUUACAGAAAAAGAUCAAAAUCUCACGAAAGAAGUCAUUCUAGAAAACACAGUAAGGAUAGAUCAAAAUCCAGAAAGCGAUCUCACUCUGCAUCAUCGUCCAGUUCCGAUGGAUCGGAUAGCGGUAGAUAUUCUUCUCAUUCUAAAAAACGUUCGUACGAUAGUAAAAAAAUGAGCGAAGUUGAAAGGCUCGCCGAAAUGGAGAGACAACGAAGACAUCGUGAACACGAGCAAAAACUCAUACAAGAUGCUGCUGCUAAAAGAAUCGAAGAAUUGGUUAAUAAAAGAGUCGAAGAAGAGUUAGAAAAACGUAAAGAAGAAAUCGAGGCGGAAGUUGCUCGGCGUAUCGAAGAAGCGAAAAAAGUCAUGGAGAAAGAAAUGAUGGAAGAAUUAGAGCGGCGUAAAAUGCAACUUUUAGAAGAAGAGAAGAAAAGAGAGGAGGAAGAACGUCGAAAACGCGAAGAACUCGAGCAAAUAAUGGCUGAAAAUAAUCGUAAAAUUGAAGAAGCUCAAAAGAAAUUGGCCGAGGAUCGUUUAGCCAUGGUAGAGGAACAACGUAAAAUAGAAGAGGAAAAACAACGUCUUAUGAAAGAACAAGAGAAACGAAUAAAAGAAGAACAGAAAAGAAUACUUGGCAAAAAUAAAUCAAGACCGAAGCUAUCAUUUUCAUUGAAACCCGUCGCUUAAAAUACUACAUUUUUUUAUUUUGGUAUUUUUGCAGUUACGUUUUAGUAAUUGUUUUUUUUAAAUUUAAAUUUUUCAUCGUAAGUUGUUAGGUUUUUUUACGAGCGAAUUUUAACUCUUUAUCAUUGAAUUAUUUUACGCGAGCGUUCUGUAUUUAGUAAAUUCUGCUGAAAUAUUUCACCGACAAAGGUCGGUUAAUUUUCUCGAGUAUUGAUCAUGUUUGUGUAAGCCAUUUAUUUAUUUAUUAUAUUUUUAAUUAUCUCGUUCGCGAGUUGUAUAUAUUUUCAGGUAUUCAACAAUGUAAAUUGACUUCUACGUUAGUAGUAUACCUAUAUUACAUUUUCGAGUUUUUA